UCCGCCAUUUCUCGACUGCUUCCGCGGGAAACAGGGAUUUAAAUUUGUGGUUUCAAAUCAAAAUGUCUUCUGACUCUUCUCCUGCAAACAAAAUGGCACGUUUGGAAAUAAAAGAAUUGCAAGUCGUUCCUUGCACUAAUUCGCUGUACAUCCAAUCAUCUAGGGUCACUUUUAAGCAAAAUGGGAUGAAUCGAGUCUGGGAUUACAUUAGAGUACAUGACGGUGUAUAUAUUCUUCUCUACAACACGACUAGACAGGCAUUUGUCUUGGUAAAGCAGUUUCGGCCAGCUCUCUACAUGACAAUAAACCGGGAACAGCACGUGAAGAAAAAUGAUGUACUACACAAGGAGAAUGUUCAUACAAUAGAUAGCAGAGUACCGUACACUGCACCACCAGAUUGCGGCAUCUCGUAUGAACUCUGUGCUGGUAUCGUUGACAAACAAGCAAGUCUACAGGAGAUUGCAAAAGAGGAAGCAUAUGAAGAGUGUGGUUAUGAUAUCCCAUUGGCGGACAUAAGAUAUGUUACGGCAUGGAGGGGGGACCUUGGCAUAGCUAGUAACACCCGUACCCUAUUCUAUGCCGAGGUCACAGAUGGGAUGCAGAUACCAGGUGCUGGCGGUGGUAAUUCACAGGAGGGAGAACAAAUUGAAUUAUUUUAUCUCCCUGUUGGUGAUUUGAGUGCCUUCAUGUAUGAUGAAAAUAUUGCUAAGGAGUCAUCCCUUCUCUUUGCUUUUUCUUGGUGGAAGGAAAACAUCCAGAAAGCUGAAAAAUCUUGAAUGAACCCAAUACAGCGCAAAAUCCAAAUUUAAACAAUCGUUUAAGACAAAUUUAUGCAACUUAAUUUAAUUAAUUAUACCUUUUUCAAAUGUCUUGUUUUUAAAAAUAUUAAUAAGUUAUAUAUUAAUUCUCGAUCUCUUAAAUUAUUAUCUUUAUAACAAUAUAUACAUGAAUUCUUGA